GAGAGGACGCUGUUUUAUCAGCCAAGUGCAGCCUGAAUCGUGAGGAGCGGACGAUGGGGGGAAAAAAUCCCACUCUUGUUUCUUUUUCUCCUACAUCACCGUCAUUAACAUGUAGACCGGUGCGCGUCAAAAGACCCGGAGCGUAAUGGCAACUGCUGUCUAGGAGAAUAUCAUUCUAAUUAUAGUUGUGAAUAAAAACACAAUUUGGAUUAUCAGCGGACUUGUUUUUGGACUAAGAGGGUUUCCUCAUUUUAUUUCCCCGCGUGUGUAAAUGACGAACCGCAUUUAACCUGAGUUUCUACCCUCUGGAGUGAAAAGUGCGCCAGUCUUAUUUCCCAGGCUUAUUUCCAACGUUUGAGCGCCGGGAUUUUUGGGGGGCUAUGUGGCUUUUGAAAGGAAUGCACCUUAUCCUAGCGGGACGUAACGCACAGAGGAAUAUUGUCUGAGGUUGGGGGGAAAAAAGCAACGGAUGGGAUCCUUCCUGAACGGGAACGACUUUGAACUGGACGACACUCCUGCUACCACUGCACUGCUACUCCUGCCUCUGCUGCUGAACAUGGCGGUCCGCUCGCCUCGGAUUUAUGGAAAGCCUCGUUACUGACUGGCAUGUCUACCUUCUGAGAAGUGGGACUUGAAGAUGGUAUCUUUACAGUGCUAUUCAUCAUUGCAGUGGUUGUUGACAGGACCCUUUUGAAGAAUAUACUUCCAUUUGGUGAGGAAUAUUUUUCCCAGAUUUGCCUCACAAGCUUAAGGGAACUGAUGGCUCAUUCAUUUCCACCGGAUGGUUUGCACUGCCAGAAUUUUAAAAAGGAUCAUUAGUAUCCUCGACCCCCCCCCCGUCUGCUCCGGAGUUAUCGACCUGCUUAUGUCUCUGGGUGAAUGGGAUUUUAGUGUGAUUGUGUGUCUGUGUUUGCAUCUGCAUGGCGUAAGUAAGAAAUAGAAAAUAAGAUUUUUUUUACUUGGAAAGGACAAGACAGGACGCAAACAAGUCGCAGAAAAGGAGUAGCAGCUAUGUGCCAGUGGAGGCACCAUUUGAGGACUGGGUGUUCGCUUCUUCAGACGGCAAAGAACAGGAGCACGGUGAUGGAAUACUUGGGGCUUGGCUCCUUUGGCGCUUGCCGGUGGGUGUCCUCUCUACUAUGGUUGGGGCUGCUGUUGCUGCAGGCGUGUCCGGCUGCCGUGUUGGCUCAGAAACUUGACGAGAAUGACCCAGUGGUCACCACCGUCUAUGGCAGGCUGCGCGGCGUUAAGAAGGAGCUCAACAAUGAGAUCCUGGGCCCUGUCGUGCAGUUUCUGGGUGUUCCUUAUGCUGCCCCUCCAACAGGCGAGCGCCGCUUUCAACCACCUGAGCCACCAGUGUCCUGGCCGGAGAUCCGCAAUGCCACACACUUUGCCCCGGUGUGCCCUCAGAGCAUUGUGGAGGGCCGCCUGCCGGAUGUGAUGCUGCCAGUGUGGUUCACAAACAGCAUCGAUGUGGUGACUUCAUACGUCCAGGACCAGAGCGAGGACUGCCUCUAUCUUAACAUCUAUGUGCCCACUGAGGAUGGUCCCCUUACAAAGAAACACACUGAUGAUUUAAGUGAUAAUGACCGCACGGACGACGAAGACAUCAGGGAGAGUGGAAGCCCCAAGCCGGUGAUGGUUUUCAUCCACGGGGGCUCCUACAUGGAAGGAACUGGGAAUAUGUUUGACGGCAGCAUCCUGGCCAGCUAUGGAAAUGUGAUUGUCAUAACUGUCAACUACCGGCUGGGCGUCCUAGGUAAGGAACCUGCUGUAAAGUGUGAUGAACAGCCAUUGUUGACUUGCUUAUAUAUUUACAUUUGUUCUUCUUUAUUGGUGAUUCCAGUAGCUUAGCAUGGCAGCUAUAGCCUAUUGGGACUUGUUAGUUUCUUUCUUUCUUUCUUGGAGCGGUUUUAGCUUAGCAUAGAGGCUAAUGAUAUGAGGACUUCUAGCAAAAUAACUUCCUUUUGUUAGUGGGGAUUCUAUUCGCUUAACAUAGAGGCUUUUGUUAUCAGUGCUUUGUACAACAUGUCUUCCUUGUGUCAUUGGUUUUCUAUUAGCUUAGCAUAGAGUAAAAAGAUAUGGGGCCUUCUUACAAAACAUAUUCAUUUUGAUAUUGGUGAUUCCAUUAGCUUAGAAUAGAGGCUAAUGAUAUGACGCCUUCUUACAAAAUGUCUUCCUUUCGUUAUUGGUGGUUCUAUAAGCCUAGCAUAGAGGCUAGCAUUAUAAGCACUCCAUACAAUAUGUCUUCUUUUUGUUAUUGGUGUGUCAAUUAGCUUAGCAUAGAGGCUAGUGUUAUAAGGCCUUUGUACAAUAUGUCUUCCUUUUGUUAUUGGGGAUUCUUUCAGCUUAGCUUUGAAGUUAAUGUUAAACUGACUUUAUUUCUGUCCUUCUUUACUGGUGAUUCUGUUAGCUUAGCAUGGUGGCUAAUGCUAUUGGGACUUCUUACUUUGUUUUCCUUCUCUUAUUGUUGUUACCAUUAGAAACACCCUCUCUCUCUCUCUCUCUCUUUCUUGGUGAUUCUAUGUGUUGUUGCUAGAAUUGUACAAUGACUUUAGCUUAGCUUGAAACUAAUAGUGGGUGUUUUCUUUACAUUGUUUCUUUGCUGCAUUGCUGUUUCUUUUCUAACAUUAUUCUACCCUUGGUCAUUCUGUUGAUGGUGAUAUGGUACAUUCUAAUGCUGGUUGUAUUACAUGAAGCUUAAGUGUGUUUCUUGCUCAAAUUGAAUAUGAGCUCCUCACGUUGUUUCAUUCGUCGUUGCUAAUGCUAACGACGGGACUGGUUUCUGCGGCUGACGUCUGCUCUCACUGCUGGAAAAUGAAUCUGUGCUUCGUUGAUAUUCUUCCUUGAUAUUAUAGUAUGAAGAUCAAAGACAAAAGUAGACUUGCAAUAAUACAUAUCUUUUCUUUUAUUUAGUAGCUUUUAAUGAAUCAUGUCAAUGUCUUCCUUGAUCUUCAGUUCCUCUCCCUCGUCUGUUUUAUCUAAUCUCAUUCCUUUCCUUCUGCAUACGGCUGUCACUGCUUUACCCAGAGGGCAGGUAUAUAUAUAUCGUGACAUAUAACAGAGACAAAGGUUCGCUGCCCCUGUCCUGAAUGAGAUUAUGUUGUCAUUUGUUUGGAUGGAAGGCACAGAUUCCAUUUAUGUGUUUCUUUUGUUUAAUUUCUUUCUCUUUUCUUAUUAAACUGUAGCAGAAGGAAGAUAUGGGACAAUAUCCGCCUUUCACUCAACUAAAAUACAGUUAGUCUUGGGGGGCUUGUGUGUGUGUUUGCAUAUAUUUGUGUGAGCGUGUGCAUAAAGAAUGCGCAUAAAGGCUUAAAGGCGAGUCUUUGAGAUGCUGAUUGCAGAAAACAGGAGAAACACGACAUUAUUUUCACUGCAGGAGGUCUGCUGUAGCUCUGUAUUCCCUAAUCAGUUGUUCAGGCUCUGAUCUCUGUUGUGUGACUUUCAGUAUAUAUAGUUGAAAUUGUAAAUCCUGAAUAUCAGAGAAAAAUCCUGAUACUUUGUCAUGUAUCUGAUCUGAUAAAACACUCUGAUUUCCCUGAUAGCUAAAAAAUCAGGUCCAAGAAAGUUGAACCAAAAUAAAAAUGUUCCAGACAUAGACGCCAGUGGAGCAAUUGCAGUUCACGUCUCUUGGAGAUAUAACUGUCAGUCCGCCGCUGACUGGAUGGACAACCUCCCUCAGCAACCUUCAAGCCCUGCCAAAACCACACAAGUGGAUAUUAAACAAGUACUCCAUCAUCUGUAAUUACCAAUCAUUCAUUUCUUUUCAAUACCCACUUAUUCCUUCUCUCGUCCAUGGGGGAGCAGGAUGCUUUCUCCUGUGUGCAGGAGGAACACAUUUUUUAAAAGAGAGCUGUGUACAAUAUAUUGUGGCGAGCAUGAAGGAGAAAUACCUGCAUUUAAUUUAAGAGAAAUUUCUGAGCAUGUGCAUCAGAAAUGAGAUUUAAGUCCCUAACCCCGCUGUUGCCUUGCUGCAACAGUGCUGAACUUGUAAACAUUCGUGAUACACAACGUGACCUUUGUUAAAUUGUAAUCGCUAAAGUAUUACACACAGAUACUGACAUGGAUUAGUGGGGAAAAAAAAGAAAACCAUUCAGAAAAUAACUCCAGCAUCACUGCCAUUUUCACAUUACAUGUUGGAAAAAAAGCAAAAGCUAUAAAGACACGACAGAAAAAACAAUAAAAUAAAUCCCCAUGUGCAGAUUAUAAUUAUUUUAUUAUCCAUAUCUCACUUUCUCUCUUUCUGAUGUGCGAGCCCCCAUAAGUGCCGCGGGUCUCACGGCGUUGUGGGAAACUGUAUCCCUGCUGGUUAACAUGAGGCGCCGCUGUUUGCUCCCAGAUUAGACUCUAUGUGUUUGUGUUUACCCCCCUGGCAACGGGAAAAAGCAUACGGCUUUACCUCGCCAAACAUACGAGUGUGUGUGUGUGUGUGUGUGUGUGUGUGUGUGUGUGAGUGACAGGCAGAGAGUGUGUACUCAGCUACAGUGGGUGUAAGGCUCAUAACCGCUGGGCUCUCCAGUCAGUCAUCCAGUUUUGACUUGAGUGUACAAGUGAGUUCAUUAAGUAGCUUCACUGGCAAAAACAGCUUUCUUAAAAAUCCUAGAAGCCCAGAACCCAGGAUAGUGAAGAAAAAAAAUGUGUCCUUUAUAAAUACAGUACUGUGUAAUUAUAGAAGUGGGUCAAAUUGUUCUAUCACCAACAGGACAUCAUCAAGAUUGGUCCAGUAUUUGAUAUCCAGGCUUGGGGCUUUAAAGUGUCUUUGUAUUAGAGCCUGACCGAUAAAUUGGGCGGUCGAUAUUAGCAUAUCACAUGACUAAUGGUGGUUAAUCUUAUCUCUAUUAUGUGCCGAUAUAACUAGGUUUAUCAAAUUUAAGUUACUUUACUUACUUUCUUCUUCUUUAUAGAUCCAUGGCAGAUACCGGCUGAUAUAUAUCCUUAUCGCAAUUUUCUCUCUUUCUCUAAAAUUGGUAUCGACCCCAAAUAUUCCAUAUUUAUAUUACAUUGGUUUAUUUUCCAAUUCAAGAAACCUCUAAACUGUGAAUUAAUUGGGCAAAAUGUCAUACCAUAAUAUUCAAAAUUCUAAGGUAUUUCCCAGCAUUCUGGAUACCCCAAAUAAUAACUAACUAGAUGAUUACCAGCCGUGCUUAGAUUUUUUUCAAACGUACUCUCUGAUGUUAUUAUUAAGUACGGUUUAAAAUAAUGCAAACUUUCACUCUAUGAAUGUCUAUGGCAUUUGUCUUCAUGCAUGCAUUUUGCUGGAACACUAUAAAAAUAUAUACUUUUGAUAAAAGUAGAAAGAUGUGUCAUAUCUAAAACACUGCAAACUAUGCCUUUAUUUAUAUUUGGUAUAUGCACAGACUAAUCAAUGAAGCUUUAUACCUGAUAGUGUAAUGUUAAGGUAUCUUGUUGACCAAUCAUGUUGUUCUGCUGUUAAAUUCAUUGACUGCUUCUCUUUAACACUUGAACUGGUCUUAAUGGGAUUUAAAAACCUCAGUCAAAGUGGAACAAAGAACCAAGAGGGGUUAUCUGGAAUCACAUGUUGAACACUGCUUUCACAUUCAGAAAAAAGGUUUUUUCACAAAAUCACUUUAGGUCUUGAAAAUACUUGUGAAUGGCCACCAUAUGAAAAGUCCUUUAUGUUGGUGUCUUUGUAAAAAAAAAAAAAAAAAAGGUCUUUAGGGGAACCAGGGUUGACCGUGCAUGAGAAUGAAUGGAUUAAUGAAGGUGUGCCGUAUCCAGGAGGAACCCCAACGUAUUACUCAUCUCAAAAUUAUAAUUUCCAAAAUCCUCCUAGACCGUGGUGUAGAAUCCUUUCUUCAUUUAUAACUUUUAACAAUCUCCCAGACACAUAAUUAUGUCUUCUAGCUGGCCUGGAUGCCUCCGUAGGUUGAAGUGUGUGGUUAACCUUCCCAAGCCAGCCACUGCUGCACCUGUUGGCUUGGGGGAUGCUACUUUGCUGACAGAACUCCCUACCCUCGCACCAGUGAUUUCUCUCCUUGGCUUAGUGUUGGCUUUGUGUUUCUGUUAGAGCCAAAGCUUUGCAAGAAGCCAUUAGUGGCUUUAAAUAUGCAGGGCUGCUGAUGUGAAGCUGUAUUUAUUGUUUAAGGGCCUUGGCUACAAUGGAUUUGGCCAUGGGGCACGUAUAUAGUAUGCUUCUGUCAGUGUGUUUCCACUUGUGUGUGUGUGUGUGUGUGUGUGUGUGUGUGUUUAAUAAAUAAGGAGUUUCUGCCGUGUGCAGAUUAAUGAUAUGUGUCAAAAUGUCAUUAAUAAGGGUUGCAAGACUUUCUAUCUGUUUUGUGUCACUCCUCCAAAAUCACAGCCGUUGGGAUGGUUUUGUUUGU